GAGCUCGGUCGCCGCCAUUUUCCUGCGGCGCCCAGUGCGUGUCCCUGUCCCCGGCCGGGCGGGCGCGCAGGGGGAGGGGACGGCGGCCGGGGGAGGGGGGCGGGAGGAGGAGGAGGAGGAGGAGGAGGGGUCCCUGCUCGGGUGACAGGUCCGUCCCUGAGGGCGGAGCGGGGGCCGCCUGCGGCACGGCGGGGUGAGGAGCCCGCGCAGCUCCAUCCCUCCGGCGACUCCUCCCGUCCCGGCCCCUGAGGAGGGAGCGGAGCCGCGCUCGGUUCCAGCGCCGCCAGCGAACCCGCCAUGUCCGGCCAAAGCCUCACCGACCGCAUCACGGCGGCGCAGCACAGUGUGACCGGUUCGGCCGUCUCCAAGACCGUGUGCAAGGCCACGACCCACGAGGUCAUGGGCCCCAAGAAGAAGCACCUGGACUAUUUAAUCCAGUGCACAAAUGAGAUGAAUGUGAACAUCCCACAACUGGCGGACAGUUUGUUUGAAAGAACGACCAACAGUAGCUGGGUAGUGGUCUUCAAAUCUCUUAUCACAACCCAUCAUCUAAUGGUGUAUGGAAAUGAGCGGUUUAUCCAGUAUCUGGCGUCCAGAAACACAUUGUUUAAUUUGAGCAAUUUCCUAGACAAAAGUGGAUUGCAAGGUUAUGACAUGUCAACGUUUAUCAGGCGGUAUAGCAGGUAUCUGAAUGAAAAGGCAGUUUCUUACAGACAAGUGGCUUUUGACUUCACAAAAGUAAAAAGAGGGGCUGAUGGAGUGAUGAGAACAAUGAGCACAGAAAAACUCCUAAAAACUGUACCAAUUAUACAAAAUCAAAUGGAUGCACUUCUUGACUUUAAUGUUAAUAGCAAUGAACUUACAAAUGGUGUAAUUAAUGCUGCCUUCAUGCUCCUCUUCAAAGAUGCCAUUAGACUGUUUGCGGCAUAUAACGAAGGGAUUAUUAACCUCUUGGAAAAAUACUUUGAUAUGAAAAAGAACCAGUGCAAAGAAGGCCUUGAUAUAUAUAAGAAGUUCCUCACUAGAAUGACACGGAUCUCAGAGUUCCUUAAAGUUGCAGAGCAAGUUGGAAUUGACAGAGGAGACAUACCAGAUCUCUCACAGGCACCGAGUAGCCUUCUUGAUGCUUUGGAACAACAUUUAGCUUCUCUAGAGGGGAAGAAAAUUAAAGAUUCCACAGCUGCAAGCAGGGCUACCACCCUUUCCAAUGCAGUCUCUUCCCUUGCAAGUACUGGCCUGUCCCUCACAAAAGUUGAUGAAAGGGAAAAACAAGCUGCGUUAGAGGAGGAACAGGCUCGCUUAAAAGCUUUAAAGGAGCAACGUCUAAAGGAACUUGCAAAGAAACCUCAUACCUCUUUAACAACUGCAGCUUCUCCUGUGUCGACUGCAGCAGGAAGCAUAAUGACUACACCAGCCAUUGAUAUUUUUUCUACCCCUAGCUCCUCAAACAGCACUUCAAAGCUGCCAAAUGAUCUGCUUGAUUUGCAGCCAACUUUUCAUCCGUCUGUACAUCCCAUAUCUGCUGCUCCACAAGUAGGAAGUACCUGGGGAGAUCCUUUUACUGCUACUGUUGAUAGUGUUGAUGAUGCCAUUCCAAACCUAAAUCCUUUCCUUACAAAAACUAACGAUGCUGCUCAUCUGUCUGUGUCUUCUGAUGUAUCUACUUUCACCAGUAGGACACCCACACAUGAAAUGUUUGUUGAUUCUUUUUGUGGUCCUCAAGCUUACUCUAGCGCUUCUCAUUUCCGCAAUGAGCCUUCUUCUGUAGCUGGUCUAUUUGGAGGGUUCACUCCAUCUCCUGUUGCUCAACCACAGCCAUCAGCUGGCCUUAAUGUCGACUUCGAGUCUGUGUUUGGAAACAAAUCUUCUAAUGUUGUCCCAGAUUCUGGUGGCUUUGAUGAACUAGGUGGUCUCCUAAAACCAACAGUGGCCUCUCAAAACCAGAGUCUUCCAGUUGCCAAAGUACCGCCUAAUAAAUUAGUGUCAGAUGAUCUGGAUUCAUCUUUAGCCAAUCUUGUAGGCAAUUUGGGCAUUGGAAAUGGAACUACUAAAAAUGAUGUAAACUGGACUCAGCCAGGUGAAAAGAAACUAACAGGUGGUUCCAACUGGCAACCCAAGAUUGCACCUACAACUGCGUGGAACGCUCCAACGUUGAAUGGCAUGCAUUUUCCACAAUACGCACCUCCUGUAAUGGCUUAUCCUGCCACAACGCCAACAGGAAUGAUGGGCUAUGUGAUGCCGUCACAGAUGGGAGGCAUACCAGUAAUGACACAGCCAACUUUAAUAUACAGUCAGCCAGUCAUGAGACCACCAAACCCUUUCAGCCCUGUACCAGGAGCACAGCUGUCUGCAGCAUCCAGCCCUUCCAGUCAGAGUCCUCACAGAGCCUCAGGAAAGGAUCCCUUUGCAGAGCUCUCUCUCCAGGAUUUCUUGUAGAACAACUUAGAUUCAGUUUAUGUAACUGUAUUAGAUGGAAGAAAAAGGAACGUUUCCAAAAAGAUGUGCUCAGCAGUAAACCCCCACUUCCAGGAAAAAAUGAACUUCAGCCUCUCAAGCUCUCCUCUUCCAUUAAGUGAUGCAGUGAAAUGAUGAAGACCAAUGAAGGAAGCUGGGACACCUCCAUAAGAACACAAGUACACAACACAAAGCCAAGAAUUGCCAUGAAUUAAGACCAAGAUCUAUUUUUUGUCCUGGUGACUAACACGUCAAUACUCUCAGCUUCUAAUAAUGUCCUUAAUUGGUAACUUAUGAAGAGAAGCCUUUACUCUGGAAAUUGAGAUUGGUGUUUGGAAAUGCUGUCUGGAGUGGAUAUGUGUCCUUUACCGUAACUCAAAAGAAGACUCUGGGCAGGGGAGGGUCAAAUCCUAACUCUUAAUUCUGCAGUUACCUUUUCUUCAGUCCUCACAAAUGUAGGCACAGCAGUAAUGGAAAUUAACUUUUUUUAAAAAUUAUAUAUUCAGUUUGCAGUAGACAUUCCUUAUGUAUUAUUGUUUGUAUUUAUUUAUGAUUAUCAAUUUAACAUUAAUAUUGUAUCAAAAAAACCUCCUUAUGAAAAUGAGUAUGGAUGUAUACAGUAUGUCUGAUUUUUAUCCACAAAGAAUGAAUCUGAUUCAGAAUGCUUUUCAGCUGACAUACAGAGCACUAAAUAUUUUAAAGAUCUGAAUCUAAUGAAUUCUCAGCAUAUAUGGGAAUUAGGGAAGAGCUGUAAAAUGCAUUAAUCCUUAUAGUCAAUUCUGUGCCUAGGAUUUUGCAAGGGAACAGUUAACUGACUAGAAGAAGCACUACAUUUUUAAUUCAGCAUUAGUGCAUUGGGAAGGAAAUUUAUUGCUUUGUGCUUGGCAUGUCAUUAUUUUUACAUUUGACAUUAUAAGGCCUUUCCAAAAUGAAUGUGAGGAAUUGCUUUCACUUUAAGACUUUCCUUCUUUUCUGUAAAAAAAAUAAAAUCAAGGUGUUGUGUGUUGGGGGGGAAAGCCUUUUCAGUUGGCUCGUGCCAUGUUUAUGAUCACGUACCUUUUAAAAGUAAAAAAAGGGGAAGUAGCUUCCUUACAUAUGUCUAGUGGGUAUUUAGUUCACGAAGAAUUAAAGUAGCACUGUUGAUCGGUGCUUUGUGUAAAUACAUCAUAAUUUUUGGGUGGAGUGGGGCCUUCAGAAGGAUAGUCAAUGAUAUGAAAGCAAUUCUGUACAUGAAUUAAGCAUACUUGCUGCAUUGUCUCUGCAGAUUCUAUUUUUGUUUAAAAUAUUAAAAUGUAUGUUAGCAAAAAUGGGUGGAUUUUCAAAUAAAAUGCAGCUUCCACAGAACUUUUGUUACGGUAUGAAAGUCUGAGGUGCUUCUUUUCUUUUUGCUGCUUAAAAUGUGCACUGAUAAUUGCUUUGUUUACUUAAUAAAAUACCAAAUGUA